GAGACACUCCUGUGAGGACCUACGAAGAUGGCGAUGCUGUCAGAACCCCGCAGGAAACAGAAAUGGUCGGUCGAUCCAAGGAACAGCACCUGGAGUAAAGAUGAGUCCAAAUUCGGCCAGAAGAUGUUGGAGAAAAUGGGAUGGUCCAAAGGAAAGGGCCUGGGAAGAACCGAGCAAGGCGCCACGGAGCACAUCAAAGUUAAAGUGAAGAACAACACGCUAGGCUUGGGCACGACCGCCAGCUAUGAGGACAACUGGAUUGCCCAUCAGGACGAUUUCAACCAGAUUCUUGCAGAUUUAAACAGCUGCCACAGCCAGAACGAAUCGACAGCUGAGCCAAAGCAGAGUUUUAGCUUGGAAGAGAAGUCUAAGACAUCUAAAAAAAGAGUUCAUUACAUGAAAUUUACCAAAGGAAAGGACCUUUCCAGCCGCAGCCAGACAGACCUGGCCUGUGUCUUCGGGAAGAGGACCAAGCCUUCAGAAGAGAAGGUCGAGCAAAACGAUCAUCAGGAAGAUGUUCCUGCGGAUGAAGAGGCUGUGACCUCUGACCCGGAAGUGAAUAACACCAUCAACACAGUGACCAGCUCUCUCACCAUGCAGGAGUACUUUGCUCAGAGGAUGGCUGGUCUGAAAGAAGGCCGCCGGGAAACGCCGACCCCCAAGGCUGCAGACGGACCCCCUGAAGGCUCCCUGGACCCUCCCAAGGGGAGGAAGCCCAGCUCGAAAAAGAAAAAAAAGGACAGAGGAGAGAAGGAAACAGAAAGCCAUGAAACAGAGGAGUGUGGGAACCAGGGCAGGAAGAAAAAGAAGAAGCAGCGAAGACGUGCAGAUAGAGAGGAUGGCGAGGAAGUGAUAACGGAAGACUGCACAACCACCGGCGGACUAGGACAGCAGGAGGUCCGGGAUCAGGACGGUGCAGAGACAUACCGCUGUAGGAAGAGCAAGAAGAGGAAGCUGGGGCAGACUGUGGAGGAGAGAGAUGUGGAAACCGUACUCUCUGAGGCACAGAAUGGGACAGACGACGCAAGAAGCAUCGAGAAAAGGAAGAGGAGGAUGGCGAAGGAACAGGUUCUUCAAGUAACUGAAGUGAAAAAAUCCAAGAAGAAAAAAAACCAGGAACAUUAAGUGCUGACUGGAAGGUGGUAUUGGUGCGGUUCAGACCCUGUUUGUAAGGACAUGAUCCCCAUUUAAGCAACAGGGUUCUCAUUUGCUGAUGAAUUAGAUAAGGACUCACGCUUUGAUGUGUAAGAUCAGUGCUGAUGGGAUCCUGCAUAAUGUUGGAACUCAAACCCAUUUUGACAGUGAUUACUUGAAAAUAUUACAUAGAUGGUUUUUUAAAGGAACAUGAAAUGGCAUUUUUUUUGCUGCUGGUCUUUCAAUAAAAAAAUAGAAAAACGUU